CCGCUCUUAUCAGAUUUCUGCUGUAGCUAAAAAAGUCUGCAUUACACUUUAUUUUUUAUUAUGUUUUUCCGAAUUUUAAUUGGUGAGUUCCCAGUUAUUGAUGGAGAGAUAAAAUAAGAUCGGGCCGUUUCGUUCGUUUCUCGUCGGCCCAGGCGGGAUAUUUCUCGUCUGUAGUCGCCGCCGCCGCCGCUUUCAUUACUGCUGCAAUGCAGGAGAAAUCAUCGAGCUCGGCGCGCGACGGGGCGCACAGACUGCGCAGGACUGCGGGACCGCUCCGCCACUGAGGCUUCCAGAGGCCGCCAGCCCGCCAGCAGGACGGAUGACACCCACUGGCGCCGACUGACUGAAGUGUUUUACUUCAUGACACGGCGGAGUGCACAUUAUGGACAGCAGAUCGGCAGACGGCCUCUCCCUGAAGCCACUGGAUGGCAGCAGGCAGCGGAAGCCCAUCCCCUACUCGGUGGAGACGCCCUACGGCUUUCACUUAGACCUGGACUUCCUCAAGUACGUCGAUGACAUCGAGAAAGGCCACACCAUCAAGCGGAUUCACAUCCAGAGGAGAGCCAAGGCGCCCAAAUUCAGUACGCUACCCAGAAACUUCAGCCUCCCCAAUGGCACCCGGUCAAUCCAGCAGGAUGGCUGGCUCUCUUCCUCCCGAGGUCGCUCCGGGACGGUGGGUGUCCGCCACGUUUUCGACUUUGAGGCGGCUGCUGCAGGCCGCCCACGAGGCACCCAAGAGGACGCAGCCCAGAGGCUUUUUGACGAGCAGCCCUUGGGCUUCAGGGUGAAGCCCCAGCUGCUGAGGGCCUCCAGCAUGCCAGUCACCGUCCUUCAGAGGAAGCACUCGGAGAGCAGUGAGGACGCUGCGCCGCCGGCCCCCGGGUCCUACGAUUCUUCUGAAGUCCUGUUUCGCUCAUGCGAUGGCUCCUCUCUGCCAGAGAGCCUCGAGCCACCGCUCGUCAUUCAAGAGCUGGAGCAAGAAGUGGCAUCUGUCCCUUACCGGUCACAUUGUGACAGCUCACUCGCGCAUCCCUCAGGGGGCAAUAAGCAGGACCUGGGCAGCAUUCCAAAGACAUCGGGGGAAGACCCAGAGGAGGAAGAAGAAGGCAAGACUACGCUGCAGGCCUCUUCGCCCACCAGCGGUGCCACAGAUAAUCUCACCAUCAUCACACUGAGGACUAAGCUGACAGUCCUGGAGAAGCAGCUGAAGGACACCACGAGGGACUUGGAAAAAGCAAAGGACCUUCUGAAACAGCAAGCCGAGGGGGCCGAGAAAGAAAAAGCGGUGGGAUUUGACCCAGUGGGGCGGCAAGGACCAGGACCCGGGGUGCCCACGCAAAGACAUGAUGUCUCGGUGGGCACUGACAUGAAGGAGCUGUGUGACAGGGGCGUCACUGCUUGGGAUCCCCAGAUCGAGAUGACAACCCGGGCCACUCAGAUACAGGCCAACGAGUUCCCUUGUCUGGUUUAUUCUGAAGAGAAAGGGGUGCAGGUGGACGGCCCCCCUCAUGAGGGUACUGUGGGGGACAGUGAGCAUGCAUUUGAAGGAGGGCAAGUGAGACCAAGGGAAAGGAGCCCACCUGAAAAUGACCUUGGCCUUCAGUCCACUAGCCCACCAGGGAUCGGCCAGCGCCUGACAAAAAUCCAGGAGCUCCUGCACGAGCAGCAGGGGGAGCUGGAGAGCAACUAUCCGGAGCUCAGCGGGUCCAAAGUCAGUUUGAUUCAGCGCCAGCUGCUCAGUUCCUUUAGUGCCCUGAGGGCAACGUGGCAGUCACCCCCUGAGGACAACAAUGCCAGCCUGCAGACUCCAGGAGAAGCCAACUCCCCAUCAUCCACUCUGAAAUCAAUUAUGAAAAAGAAGGACAGCCGGAGGAAUGCAACAAAAAAGAACCUGAAAUUCGUGGGAGUCAACGGCGGAUAUGAGUCGACUUCAAGUGACGAGUCAAGCAGUGAAGACAGCAUUCAAGUCGACACUCCAAGUGGUGCAGAAGAUGAGGGGGCCAUUGAGGGGCACGAUGGAGCAGCUCAGGAGGUGAUGCCGGACAGGACAGCUGAGGAUUCCCAUCAGCCCCGGAGGGUUGUUGUAGGCGAGGACUUCCUUCAUGCCUGUCAUUUCUUAAAGGAUCAGCUGAAGGACAUCGAGUUCCCGAACCAAAAGCAGGCGCAGUGUUUGAGCCUCGUGUACCAAGAGUGGUUCGGCGUGUCCAGUCAGAAGCGUUCAUCGGCGGGCGACGUGGCUCGCUAUCUGCAGGAACUUGCGGCCAUUUCAGCCGAGAUGGUCGAGUUUGUUGUGAACUUGGCGGAUGGCAACGGGAACACAGCUCUUCAUUACAGCGUCUCGCACUCCAACUUUGACAUCGUCACCCUGCUGCUGGACACGGGUGUGUGCCAGGUGGACUUUCAGAACAAAGCCGGCUACACCGCCAUCAUGCUGGUCUCUCUUGCCGUCACUGAAUCUCAGGAGGACAUGGAGGUGGCUUUGAAGCUCCUGAAGCAGGGGGACAUCAAUGCCAGAGCCAGCCAGGCCGGCCAGACAGCUUUGAUGUUAGCAGCGAGCCACAGCCGAGUGGACAUGGCGAGAGCCCUGCUGGAGUGCGGCGCCGACGUCAACGUCAGGGACAACAAGGGUCGCAGCGCACUCCUGCGCGCCAGUGAGCACGGCCACCUGGACAUGGUGCGCCUCCUGCUGGCUCAGCCUGCCUGUGACGUCCAGAUCAGCGAUAGCGAGGGCAGGACGGCGUUGUCUGUGGCCCAAGACGGUUCCCAUGCCGACGCUGCGGACCUCCUUGCGGUACACUCCCGGGGGGCAGAACCGCAGCUCUCCUGACCGUCUUCAGACCGAGCCCUCCGUGCCCACAUCCACCUGGCUGGCACCCUUGAGAAGUGAUCACGUGAUGGCAUGCGACCUUUCCAACAGAGACUGGGGUGUGCAGGGGGGACUUUCGGGGGUGGCAUGGCGCACUCUUUCGUUUUAAAUGCUUUUUGUGUUUUCUUUUGGCUGGCAAUACAUUCACACCUAUGAAGCACACGGGCUGCGCCACUCUGGUCUUUGCACUGGAAAAGCAAGCCUGCUGGACCCCUGGGGACCCCCCCUGGUAAAAAGGCCAGCAAGUGUAGCCUCCGCUCGACAGACACCGAGUGGACAGCAAGGCAUCAUGGGAUGUAUGGACAGAAGGGGAGAGGGAAGGAAGACGGGGACUUGGUAAGACCCCCAUAGCCGCUGUGCUCCCUGCCAGCCGUGACGCUCCUGAGACACUCGGGUUCAUCAGCAGGUGAAGACGUUUCAAGUUUACCACAUGUAGUGCCCUCGCCUGGUGGGUACGAUUAGAAUUUAUAGUGCCUUUCAUGCCUACCAUUGUCAUACAAUAACCUACAAUGUGUUUUAUAAAGCAGUUUCCUGUGGAGCUUCACCAACGCCUGCGCUAUAUAGCGCCUUUCACACUGUUUAUUUUCAUGGCCGUUCAUUCGCAGCAUUACUGCUGAGUUGUACAGAGGCAGUCACAGCCACAAAGGCCUUGGGCUCAGUUGUAUAUAGCGCCUUUCACGCUGAGCAGACCCGUCAUAUUUACUGGAUCCAGCACCCUUCAUGGUAACCUGGAACAUAACGCGACCCCCCGUGUGUGUUUUAGACAGCAACGUCCACGUGGGCCGGAUUUUAACAUCAGCCUGCUUUUUAUAGCGCCUUUUAUGACAUCCAGGAGCCUUUCACCUGGUGGUUCAUUUUUACAGUCAGCCUUAGCGUAGAGUUUUACAAUCUUACCGUAAACACGUCCCUUUUAUAGAGCGCCUUUCAUUGUCACCAUAAAAUGACCUCCAGUGUCUGUUCUAACGCGUCUUCAAUGUGGAGCUUCAGAGCUCAAAGGGUUUUAAAAUCGGCCUCUGUUAUAUAGCGCCUUUCAUGCUGUACUUUAUCUUUAUAGUGCCUUUCAUAGCAAACUUUACUGUGCACUUUGACAAUCUUGCGGUAGGGGCAUUGGCUCCUUUAUUUACCACAAAUGGCUUAAACGCAGUUUUAUAUAGCGCCUUUCAUAAUUUGCAUCACGAGAAGCCCCUUCACGCUGUACUUUGUUUAUAGCGCCUUUCAUAGUAAGCACUACUGUGACCGAUUUACAAGCUGUAUCUCAAUAUGAAGCACAUAAGUUCCUCCAUAGCAAUCAUCAACAGGAAAGGGUUAAAAUCAUUUCCAUAUGGCUGUCUGUAUAUAGCGCCUUUCAGAUUAUUUUAAAAAGAUCGUUUUAAUGGCACACUUGUCAAGAACUGUCCCCGACCUUCACUUUCUCUUGUGUCCGCUUGGUGUCCCUCCUGUCACAUUUGUGGCUUGUAACCUACAGGUCUGGUGGCUUCAAGUCACUUUUACACACAGCAGCUCCUUUUCUAACGUGUCCGACAUUAUCCCGGCUGUCAUAAAAGUCACUGUACACGUUUUAAUAAACUCCUAAAAAUGACACAAGAAGCGGAGUUUAUUAAUAUUUCUGGUCGUCGCAGGGCGACUUGCCAGGCUUGCCAUCUCGUUCCAGCGCCUUGAAGACGAGUCGUGUACCCCCACACGAGCGCCUGCAUUUUCGACAGCUUUCCGCCACCUUCGGACCCGAGCCUCUCCGACGUUUUGCAGCAUCUCUUCCCCGACCUCGCUGCCGGUUCUUUCCUCAAGCUGUGAGAGGUUACGGGGUUUAGUGGCAUACAUCUUGCUUUUGAUAGAGCCCCACAAAUAAAAGUCACAAGGUGUAAGGUCAGCGGAGCGCGGCACCCAU